CUGCGCUCGUCCAAUCAUCUCAGUCAUACCCCAGACCAGUCCCUGCAGCUAUCCCAUGGCCAGCCCUCCCUGGGCAGCCUUGAGUCCGCUUAAUUGGCUUCGACGACAAGCAGACCUCCCAAACUACGACAUCAUAGCAUGGCACCCCGGAUCCCUUCUAAUCGUUCACGACCAAUGGAUCGUUUGUCAUGGACGGCUAAUCAUGCAUGGCUUAUUUGAGGUCAAGUGUAGUGAUUGAACAGGACCUGAUGCAACAAUGGGCGAAUAUCGUGCCUCCUGAAUUCUGGAACGUCGAAACGAAGAGGCCAUUAUUUGGCAUCGAUUAAGGUUUGACCGGUCCUACGGAAUCUGAGUCUUUCGUAUGUACUUAUCAGGCGUCAAAUGUGAUAGCGGCAGUGCCCAACAAAACUU